AGCGGUCCUACAUACGCCUACCCUGGUUAAUACAUAUUCACAUACAGUAUUUGAUUAGACCAAUCCACCCAAACACCGUUUGCGCCCUUCGCUUCCCGUGAUAACUAACACGCACGUAUCGCGCGGAGCUUAUCGUCACGUUACAUAGUCGGAUUACAGAUAGCCUACGCCUGCUUUUGAACUUACACACAGCUACACGCUUUCCGCUCAUUAGGCGGGUUGUGGCCCAAGGGGCACUAAUUGCGGCAUUUAGCGGACGGCGCAGCACUAUGAGCAGCGGCGAGAAAGUGCUCCUCUACGUCUACGACCUGACGAAUGGCCUGGCGCGAUCGCUUUCCCCGAUGCUUUUAGGGACGCAGAUUGAAGCCGUCUACCACACUUCAGUGGUCGUGGGGGGCGUGGAGUACUUCUUUGGCGGGGGCGUGCAGCGGUGCAUUGCAGGGCAAACACCAUUUGGCCCCCCCAUGCGCACCGUGGAACUAGGGGAAACGCAGAUCCCCAAGGACGUGCGCGAGGAGAUGCUAGCGGACCUCAGCGUGCGCUUUACGCCGCAAGCCUACAACCUGAUAACCAACAACUGCAACCACUUUUCGAACGCGUGGGCCGAGCUGUUGACCGGCAACCCAAUUCCGGAGCAGUACCCCCAGCAGGCUCAGCAGAUACUGCAGUCACCGAUGGGGCAGAUGCUGCUGCCCAUGAUGGAGCAGAUGGAGCAGCGGUACGGCAACGUCACGGCAUCGGGAUUCCAGUAGCCCUCGUCCGGGGUGGGGCGGGGCGGUAGGCGCACGGGACGCGGGGUUGCCUGUUUAAGACGUGCACUGGGGUGACCGGUACUGUGGAGGAGCACUAAUUAGGGGUGCCUGAGGAUAGGCGGAUUGGUGUGGUAAAUGGAUGUAUGAUGAUGCUGCUUUAGGGUCAUGUACAAUCUACUCGGUAUGUUCACCUGACGUGGAGGGGACUGGGGCGAAGUCUGCAGCAUAUCCAUGGAAGAACGGAGGGGGUAAAAGGCUAGGAACCAAUCCAGCAACGAUGACAAUGGCUUUGCAACUUGAUAUAUUGGCAUGGCGGCUGAAUGAAUCUUAGACACCCUUGGUAGCACUGUACCGUCGAGUGCCUGGCUGUGGAAUUGUUAGCAUGAUUUAUGUAAUUGGCUUGUGUGACAACAACCCUGAAGUUAGUGGCAUAAGCUACAAUACAAUUAGCUAUGAAUGUAAACAUAGGCUGAACGUUGAAGGAUGCGCGUUGUCCUUCCAGUCGUGCGGUGCUGUGCUGCGCGUGGCAUGUGCAGAGGGGGCAGGGAACAGGAAGGGCCAUGUCAACAGUGUCGAGUACUGUAAUUAGGUUCUCCAGCCCAUAUGCUGGAUGGCAAACGUGCAACCGACAUCGCGCCGUUUGUAUGGACAAAGAACACUGCCGAUAAGCACCGAAAAAGUUUGCCGUGCGUUAGUUGGGCGGGGGUGGGCAUGCAACAGACAUUUAUCAAGAUUUGUUUCACUUUAU